AAGAUAAGUAACACUUCCCAAACAUCAUGCAAAAGACCAAAACACACUGCUGCUGCCACGAGCAAACUUGCAUUCUCCGAACAACAUCCCUCCAAGUAUUUAGCAACAAGACGUAACUGGCUUUUAGGACAUCGUUUCAAAACAACAUAUAUAUGACUGUUUUCUGAUCUACACUAUGGGGUGUUGUUUCUUUGGUGGCAACGAUUAACGACCGGCUUCAUUGGGGCGGAUUGAGAAGUCGCGGAUGCUGCAUCAGUAACAUCUUGGAGUCGAAGCACUCCUUUGCGAGGGGUAGCGGCUACAAUGAACUUCCCAUCCAGCGGCCAGUCGGCCGCAUCGGCCAGCGGCUAUGCGCCUGUCACAUACCAGCGCCUAAUGCGUCUGGCUGCUCGCGCCUUCUACAGCGGCCCCUGCCCGCCGCCGGGUCGCGACACCGACGCGGCGUUCAGCGCCCGGUCCAAGCUGGCCAAGGUGGACACCCGCGGUCUGGGCAUCGUGUUGGUGGACUACCUGAGCACCGUGGAGUGGACCUCCUUCGAGCUGCUGACGGAGGCGCUGCGGCUGCACCCCGUGGUGCUCAGCAGGGCGCUGCGGUUCCUGGAGGCGGGUCACAUGGUUCGGCGCUACGAGCGGCGGGAGAGCCGUCGGAAGAAGCGCACAGUGGUGGGGGAUGCGCUGGAGGCUGAGAUGGCUCAGGGGCCGGAGUCCGAGGAGGAGGAGGAGGACGAGGAGGGGGGAGCCAAGAAGAAGGGACUGCUCACCGAAUACUUCACACUGGACUACGCGCGCGCCUUUGACGCGCUGCAGGUCCGCAUCCACACCAUGCGCGCCUCCCUGCGGGAGCAGCUGGAGGCCACCAACGCAAUACAGUCCUACCGCUGCCCGGGCGCCUUCUGCGGCAAGACCUACACCUCCCUGGACGCGGCCAACCUGGUGGACCCCUCCGACCUCACAUUCAAGUGUGAGAUGUGCGGCAGCGAGCUGGUGGAGCAGCGGGCCACCAACGACGCGGCGGCGGGGGGCGACGCGGCGGCGCAGCACACCACCGCCAAGGAGAGCAAGGAGGCCGCCCGGCGGCUGCUGCAGGCCAUCGACCGCGAGCUGGCGCCCCUCACCCGCCUCAUGGCCGAGCUGCAGCACCGCGGGGUGCCGCUGCCAGACCCGGGGGAGCUCUUCGAGUGGGCGCAGCGCGUGCGGCAACGGGAUGCGGAG